AUGGAUGCCUCAAAGAAGAAGAAUAAAAACUCACUGGAGUCCUUGUCCAAGGAAGAUGUUGAAACGCUUAUCAGGAAAUGCUACCGGGACAAGUUGGUAUACGGGUUCGUCAAGUGGAAGGAAUUUGACAGGAAGGACUUUAAGCAACGCCACUCAGUAAACACGUUUAAGAAUAUCUGGAGAAUGAUAAAAAGAAGAUUCGACGGCUACAAAAAGGAGUACCACGCAGUGAUGCAGGACGCGGCGAGAGAAGCAAAGGACAUCAUCGCAGAGAAGAGAAAGAAGAAGAAAAACGCACAUCUAACUGCAUUAGUCCCUCUAACCUCCAAGGUGUCUCUCUCAAACAUAUCCCUAUUAAGGAACUUCACGCGUGUAAACAGCCUCAUGUUCAAAGCCUGUAGCAACUACUACAGUCCAUUGAAUAGCUCGAAGCAAGGCAGUCCCCAGAAUUCCAUUUUUCCAAUUAUAAAAAAAACAUCAAAAGAGGAUAAGGGAAAGGAAGCCCCCAAAAGGGUAGUAGAUUAUAUAAAAAGAAACAUUAAUGAUAUUCAAAGACGAAGUGAAUUCCUGGACCUCUACUUCCUAGUGAUCUCAUUAAUACACCAAAAUAAAAAAUAUGCCUUACUAAAAAAAAUGGAAGAGUUGUAUUAUCAAAAUAGGGUAAUAAAAUGCUGCAGCAAUUCAAACCAAACACAUAAUAAUAAAAUUCUAAUUUUUGUAAAACGGAUUUUAGAAAUCAGUGUACAAUCUUGUAGUAGCUUAAAAACCAUAUGCACAAAAAGUCUGGAGAAAAAAUUCGGUAGCACAAAAUAUAUGGAUAGCAAAAACUGCAUCACUGUCGAAAUUGAUGAUAUGACCUACCCCUUUAGUAAAAAUUGUAUUAACUAUAACACUUUCUACCAUUUAUGCAAAAGGAAUUUACACCUCAGCUGCAAUAAAGUUAUCUGUUUCUUUAUACCCCUCCCCAAAAAACCAAACCACCUGAUAUUCAAAAAUGGACUCUUCCAUUAUUUUGACACACCUAUAUCUACCCACGACAAAUUAGAUGAAGAUGUAUACAACUACGUUUACGUCAUGCAAAAAUAUUUUCUCUCCUUCAAAUUCUGGCAGUUUUACCUGUCCUAUCAGGGCAUAGAUAAAAUGAAAAAACUUUUUAAUAGAGAAGUGGACGAAUUGAAUUCCUUCUUCGAUCUCAAUUAUACAAAAAAGGAUACAAUAAUGCGUGGAAGAAAACCAUUUCCAAAUUUUAAAAAAAAUGUCCACAACACCUUUUUGCUCCUUUUUGAUUAUAACAUUGAACAUUUAAUUUCCUUAUCUCUCUACGCCAUAAAACUGUAUUUGAAAAUUCGAAAAAAAAGAGACCUCACCUAUAUCAGGAUUGUCAAAAUGUUAAAUUUAUCUCUACACCCGGGUGGGAAAAAAAAAAUCAUGCGCUUUUAUUACUCUCACCUUAGAUUUAUUCACAGCGUUCUUCUCAAACUCGGCUCGAGAUUGCCGCGGCGGCUUCCUCGCUAA